GGUUGGUUGCGCGGACGCCGGGGAAGGAGACGCUGCCCUUCCGCAGCUAUGGGAUCCCUGCUCUGCGGAGGGACCCUCUGGUAUGUGCAUUCCUGUCUUUCCCGGCCGUGGGCGGUGCCUGGGACCCAGCCGGCAACCAGUUGAAGACGCUCUCCUUGGGAACACUCGCCCCAGGGCUCUUGCCUGCGGUGUUGCGACUGCCAUGGCGUUCCGGAGGACGGAGGGCAUGUCCGUGAUCCAGGCCCUGGCCAUGACGGUGGCCGAGAUCCCUGUGUUCCUGUAUACGACGUUUGGGCAGUCUGCAUUCUCGCAGCUGCGGCUGACGCCAGGCCUGCGGAAGGUCCUCUUUGCCACGGCACUAGGGACCGUGGCCUUGGCCCUGGCCGCCCACCAGCUGAAGAGGCGACGGCGGAGAAAGAAGCAGGUCAGCCCUGAGAUGGGAGGCGAGCGCCUGGGCACCGUGCCGCUCCCCAUCCUCAUGGCCCGGAAGGUCCCAUCGGUGAAGAAAGGCUACUCCAGCCGGAGGGUACAGAGCCCCAGUAGCAAGAGCAACGACACCUUGAGUGGCAUCUCCUCCAUUGAGCCCAGCAAGCACUCGGGCUCCUCCCACAGCUUGGCCUCGAUGGUGGUGGUGAACUCAUCCAGCCCCACGGCUGCGUGCUCGGGACCGUGGGAUGCCAGAGGGAUGGAGGAGUCUGUGACCGCCAGCGACGGCAACGCCGAGAGUCUCUACAUGCAAGGCAUGGAGCUGUUCGAGGAGGCUCUGCAAAAGUGGGAGCAGGCGCUGAGCGUGGGGCAGAGGGGGGACAACGGCAGCACCCCCACACCGGGGGACAGCCUCCGGAACCCCGAGACUGCUUCAGAGACACUGUCUGAGCCAGAGUCACAGCGGAGGGAGUUUGCAGAGAAGCUGGAAUCCCUGCUGCACCGGGCCUACCAUCUGCAGGAGGAGUUUGGAUCCACCUUCCCGUCCGAUAGCAUGCUGCUGGACCUGGAGCGGACCCUCAUGCUGCCCCUGACUGAGGGCUCGCUGCGCCUGCGGGCAGACGAUGAGGACAGCCUGACCUCGGAGGACUCCUUCUUCUCCGCCACUGAGCUCUUCGAGUCCCUGCAGAUCGGCGAUUACCCGAUCCCGCUCUCCAGGCCGGCCGCCGCCUACGAGGAGGCCCUGCAGCUGGUGAAGGAGGGGAAGGUGCUCUGCCGGACCCUCAGGACAGAGCUGCUGGGCUGCUACAGUGACCAGGACUUUCUGGCCAAGCUGCAUUGUGUGCGGCAGGCGUUCGAGGGCCUUCUGGGAGACCAGCGGAACCAGCUUUUCUUCGGGGAGGUCGGCCGGCAGAUGGUGACGGGCCUAAUGACGAAGGCCGAGAAGAGCCCCAAAGGCUUCCUGGAGAGCUAUGAGGAGAUGCUGAGCUAUGCCCUGCGCCCGGAGACCUGGGCCACCACUCGGCUGGAGCUGGAGGGCCGAGGGGUGGUGUGCAUGAGCUUCUUUGACAUCGUGCUGGACUUCAUCCUCAUGGAUGCCUUCGAGGACCUGGAGAACCCCCCGUCCUCAGUGCUCGCUGUCCUGAGGAACCGCUGGCUGUCGGACAGCUUCAAGGAGACGGCCCUGGCCACCGCCUGCUGGUCUGUCCUCAAAGCCAAGAGGAGGCUGCUGAUGGUGCCCGAUGGCUUCAUCUCCCAUUUCUACUCCGUAUCGGAGCAUGUUAGUCCUGUCUUGGCCUUUGGCUUCCUUGGACCCAAGCCCCAGCUCGCCGAAGUCUGUGCUUUCUUCAAGGACCAGAUCGUGCAGUACCUGAGGGACAUGUUUGACCUGGACAACGUGCGCUACACCUCAGUGCCGGCGCUGGCACAUGACAUCCUGCAGCUGUCGCGGCGCCGCAGCGAGAUCCUGCUCGGCUACCUGGGCACGCCGGCGGCCAGCAGCGUUGGCCUGAACGGGGUGCUGCCCCGAGAGAACGGCCCCCUGGAGGAGCUGCAGUAGCGGCGGGUGCAGGCUGGGGAGGGGCUGCCGGGGCCUCGUCCACACGGGUGACGGCAGGGAGAAGGUGCCUCCUCCCUCCUUUGGGUUGGCACCCAAGGGCCUGGGCAUCUGUGGCUGUCAGCAGCGAGAGAGCCCCGGCUGUGGAGAAGAUGGGCAUUGGCCCUUGACCUUGCCCCACCCCCAUCACCUGGGAAUCCCUGAGGCCUGGGGAGCAAACUUCCCCGGAGAGGGAUGGCGCCCCCAGGGGCCCCUGACUGCCCUCGGCCGUGCCUGGGGCAGCGGAGGCUGGGCCAGUGGCCACUGGGGCUUGAGGGAGAAGGUAGUGAGAGAGAGGCGCGUGUUGUGAGGAGAACUGGGGCACGCAGAGCUGGGGUGCCCUCGGUGUGGGACCCCAAAAUCGCCUCCCACCCCAGGGCUGCCGAUGAGGAGGGUGGCAGUGAAAGGUGGGGAUGGCAGGGCUCUGUGGUCAAGGUCGCUGAUGUCCUGAGCCAGAAGGAACCUGGGCUGAAGGGUCUCAGAAUCCAGGCCCUGACGGGCAGGCCAGCCCCAUCCGCCCCGGGGCGCUGUUAUUUUGUGGCUCCAGAGAGGGAGGGUGGGGGCCUCACUGGGAGAGUGGGGUGGUGGGCACCUUGGUGGCAGUAGGCUUGGGCUGGCAGCAGGUGGGAGAUCUGCCCUGCUGGGGACUGCUCCCCCCACCCCCUGUGCUCGCAUCUGGGCAGGGAGCUGGCCUGGGACAGGUCGCAGCAGCAAACCAGGACAUUGUCCUCUGACAUUCCCUCUCCCUGCCAAAGCCUGUCAUUUCUCUUUCCACUUCUGCCACCACCAAAGACAGGAGGUGGGGCUAGUCCUCCCGCCCCACCUGCCUUCCUCUGUGAGCCCCAAACCCCCUGGGUGGGGCCCAGCUCAGAACUGGAGGCUCUGACCAGGCCUAUCACCUGUGCUGCUGUUGGCGGUGGCCCGAGGAGCGAGGGGCCCAGGGACCACUUGGGUGGGUCAGCGGGUGUGCAGGCCUGGACCAGCUCCCCAGCCCUCCCUAGGACCAGGAACUGCCCCGCACUCGGCCUUCCCCUGGACACACAAACGCUCUCCAGAGGGGCAGCCGCCUAGGGCCCGCCUCCCUGCUGGUCCUGCAGGGGAGGCAGUCAGCACUUGUCCCCACGUCAUCUGUCCCCACACCACAGGGCUCCUGUCAGCCCGGCAGACUCAAUUCUCGCAUGGUGUCUUCACCCCAGCUGGGAUGUUUUAUUUAUUGCCUUAACACUUUAUUUUGAGGUUCUGCCCCUGUCCAGGUUGGGGGGCCUGUGAGAGACGCCCUUCUCCUGGUUCUCCGCUCUCUGGAUGUGGGGGACGGGCUCCUCAGGCCGGGGCCCCUCUCCCCUGAACGGCAGAGGGGCCCCAAGGGGGGCCAGCCUUGCCCAUGUGGGUCUGGAGGGAGAAGGAGAUGGGGGAGGGAGAUGCUGGGCGUGGCCCAUCCUCUGUGAGCCCACCUUCCUCCUGGAAUCCCCCUCCCAAGCGCCCCUCAUCUCCCCCCACCGCCCUGCACCCCCCAGACUGGGGGGCUGCUGGCACUGACCUCGGUCUGACUCCAAACCCAGCGGCCUCCUGAGAGGGGAGGACCGGGGCGGCGUCCCCCAUCCCCACAUUCCGUUCAUUUGCACUUACCCCGCGCUGUGAAUGUAAUCUUGGGCCUGGGCCCAGCCCACUCUGAUUUGCUCCCAGAUCACACAGAAGUGGCAUUUUCAUUUUGUCUCUGUUUACAGUCCAUGCACUGCCUCUGGCACUCGAUCUGUUGCAGCUUCCAACUUUUGUAUGGUAGAGCGUCUGUGCAUUGACUUCAAGUCAAAUAAAUGAUUCAGAGGACUUCCUCCCAAGUUGCUGUGCCGCUGGGUACACGUGUGGCCGUUUACUUCCUGGGCCAGGGCUGGGGACCCAGUCUUUGGGGUGCAGUUGGUGGAGGUUCCAGGAGAGCAAGGGUCGCAGCAGCCUGGUGGGGGCUUGAGGCCUUUCGGGGCCCCUUAGCCUGGCAGGGCCCCUGUGGGGGCAUGAGGGGGCGUGGCCAGUGAAAUGCUUGAGGGCACAGAUGUGGCCGAGACAGGUGGGCACAGCAGACCUGACCCUGCCUGACCUUCAGCGUGUUCACACACAGGCAGUCGCCGCAAGGUUCAUUUGAAGGUGCUUAAAAAAGAAGUUGGAAAAUUUUCAAAUGUACUGAAAAGUUAAGAAAACCACGUAAAAUCUACGCAUAAAAUCAACACCUCAACACAGUAAUUAACAUCUUGCUAUUUCUUUUAAAAAAUAUUUUAGAGAACUUUAAGGCAUGUACUUCACCCUUAAACACCUGAAAAGCAGAUCUUAAAAAUAAAGGGGUUCUGACAUGACCAAAAUACCAUAAUCCCACCUUAGAAAUGUAUCAGUCAUUCUCUAGCAUCUGCUGGGAUUCUGAGAAGUGUUUUCAAUCAACUAAUGGACUUAAAUUCCGCCUAAAAAAGAAAAUGUUUGACUCUUCCCUUUACUGAUUGUAGAGACGCGAGCUGAUAGUCUCCAAUGCUGGCAAAUAGGUUUGUUUGAUUUAAGCAGCUUUAUUAAGGUCAUUUGUAUGCCAUAAAAUGUAUUUGUUUUAAUGAUUUUUCUUUCAGUAAAUUUACAGAGUGCAGCUGUUGGGACAACAGGCUCAUUCCCACCAGCACAGAAAGCCCCUCGGCCCCCAGGCUGCUCCUUACUCUCUCAUUGUGCUUUUCAGACAUUUAUGUAAAUGGAAUCCUACAGUAUGUGGUCCUUUGUGCUCGGCUUCCAGUGACAUUUCUGAGAUUUUAUGGCAUGUAUCAAUCAUUUAUUUCUCUGUUGCUGACUAGCAUUCUACAAUAC